AUGGUAGAAGAAGAGUCUUGUAACAAACAGAUACCAAGUCAAUCGACAUUCAGCACUCAAGCAGUUGAUGAAAAUAACUCAAUACAAAGCAAUUCAGCCGAGAAAAAUCCGAAUGAUGAAGAUAGCAACAGCAUAUCAAAAAAGAGCAACAUCCUCUGGACUUUCAUCGGUCUUCAGAUCGCAUUAUUCUUAGCUGCAUUGGAUGGAACGAUUGUAGCUACAGCAUUGCCUACAAUUGGAUCUGAUUUCAAUAGUAUGUCUAUCGUUUCUUGGGUCGCGACAGCUUAUAUCCUAACAUUUGAUUCUUUCCAACCUUUGUUUUCAAAGUUUUCCGACAUCUUUGGUAGAAAGUGGAUAUUGAUGUUUGGUAUAGUCGUUUUUCUGAUUGGCUCAUUACUUUGUGCCGUUUCCACCUCUAUCGUUAUGUUGAUUGUGUUUAGAGCUAUUGCUGGUAUUGGUGCUGCUGCUGUUUUUUCAAUGGUUUUCGUUGUUGUAGCAGACCUUGUUCCACUUGAAAAAAGAGCAAGUUACCAAGGUAUUAUUAACGCUGUAUUUGGUGUGUCAAGCGUCUGUGGUCCUUUAAUUGGUGGAAGCUUUACUGACUAUGUGACCUGGCGCUGGAAUUUUUAUAUCAACUUACCCAUUGGUGCUGUUGCCAUGGUAAUGAUAUUUUUCUUCUUACAUCUGCCCAUGCCCAAAGAAGGCUUUAUUGCAAAGCUAAAGCGUAUAGACUUUGUUGGAACAUUUAUCGUCUUGGCAUUUUCAACAUUAUUCUUACUUGCCAUGAAUUUUGGUGGUCAAACCUUCCCAUGGAAAUCAGCAGCCGUCAUUGUGCCCUUAGUCUUGACUGUUAUCUUGGUCGCUAUUCUGUAUUACGUUGAAACCAAAGUAGCAGAGCCAUUGAUGCCUCCUCGUUUGUUUAAAAAUCGCUCUGUAGCUGCGGUCUUGCUGACGAACUGGUUCCUUGGUAUGACCUUUUUUAGUAUGUUGUACUACUUGCCAAUCUACUUCCAGGUCGUGCGUGGAGACAGUGCCACGUGGUCGGGCAUUCGCUUGAUUCCUAUGCAAUUGUUCCUAUCGGUUUUCGCAACAGUUGUUGGAUUCUUCAUUUCAAAAUCUGGUAUCUACAAACCACUACCUCCUAUUGGCAUGGCCUUAUUAACUAUCUGUGUUGGAUUAUUAUCCAUACUUGACCUUGACUCAAGCUUUUCCAAGGUUUAUGGGUUUACAAUCAUUGGUGGGUUUGCCCUGGGCUUCGUGAUUCCUGCAGCCAUCAUUGCACUCCAAGCGUCAGUAGAACCUAAGGAUAUCGCAGUUGUUACCGGUCUGGGCAACUUCAGUCGCAUCCUAGGUGGUGCACUUGGUGUGGCUAUUUCAUCCGCUAUUUUAAACACUUCGCUGGCACAAGAUUUAGCCUUAUAUAUACCUGCUGAUAUUGUCAACAAGAUAUUGGAUUCAUCCAAUUAUGUCAGAAAUGGAUGUCCUCCAGAGUACCUUGAAAUCGUUCUAAAGUGCUAUGUGGAUGCGAUCAGGUUAAUCUGGUAUGUCAUGGUCGGUAUGUCAGGUUUCGGAUUCUGCCUCUCUUGCCUUAUAAAGACUCACUCUAUACGCAAACCAAAAGAACCAAAAGAACAAAACACAUCAGCAGCACCUGAAAGUGUCAUAAUUGACGUAGAGCCUAAAACUGAAAAACAAGAUGAAAACAGAUAA